UCCCUCAUUUGGACUAAAUAAAGGAUGUCAUUUCUCAAAAAUGAUUUCAUCUCUAAUGACUGUUGAAGUCGUAUUAAACACCUGAAUGAAUGAGAAGUGUCUAAAACCAAAUGUCAUUGGCAGUUUCCAACAUCCCAAACUACACCGGGCCACAUAUGUGUCCAGCUAGUGUCAGUGUGUUGACAGGUUGGCAGGAGGAAAGUCAAAGCUGAUCUCCCCAAAAGAAGAAAUGAUAUACAUGACUCACAGGAAGUAGCUCUAUAAAUGUUGUACUGCAUCAUGUUGAGAAGCACCAACACAGAGACAGAGGUGUGAAAAGAACAGAACAGAAGAGAGAGAAACAGAACGAUGGAUUAAAAUGUUUCUAUAUCUGAUGCUGGUGCUUCAGUGUACAGAAGUCAGAAACGUUGACAGUCGUGAGCGAGAGAACAAGAGAGAGAGACGGAGAGGCACGAUGGCUGAAUUCAGACGGAUUCAAAUAACUUUAUUUGUGAUUCUGCUGCUUCAGUGUACAGCAGUAGCUGGACAAAAUCCCCUCUACAUCACUGUCAGAGCUGGAGAUGAAGUCACUCUGCCUUGUGAAAAUGUGAUCAUUCAGGACAAAUGUAGUAGCACUACUUGGCUUUGGAGUCAUAAAGGGGAAGCAGCAGUAGAGCUGGUUAGUCAUGGACAGAUUAAAGAUGAGAUUCCCAGAGCUAAAUCAGACAGACUGAGUGUUACAGAGAAAUGUUCUCUGGUUAUGAAGAAUGUCACAGAGGAGGAUGUUGGUCGUUACACCUGCAGACAGUUCUACAAAUCAGGACCACAACAAGGUCCAGAUGCUGUGGUUCAUCUGUCUGUUAUCAACAUGGUAGAACAGAAGAACCCUGAUGAUACUGUCACCUUGAUCUGCUCUGUGUUGACUGAUGCUGGGUGUGAUCACACAGUGAAGUGGCUCUAUGAGGGGAAUGAGAAUGACGUGGAGAUACCAUCUCAUACCUGUUCAGCCAGUGUGUCAUUUCCUCCUCAUCUUAAUCAGAAGUUACUCAAGUGUAACGUGACAGAUAAGAAGAAUGGAAACACGCUGCAAUUUGAUGUAAUGAGAAAUGAGAAAACAGGAAACACAACAGUGGGAACAGAUAACACACCAACACCAGAUCGGUUGGUGUACAUGGGUGUUGCUGUGGGAGUAACAGCACUCUUAGCAGCAAUCAUCAUUGUGGUAGUCAUCAGACGGAAGAAAACUAAAAGUAACAAAACACAGACGAAUGAAAAUAUUGGACUGAGUUUGAACCCUGCAGAGAAUCAGUCUGCUCCAGAAACCAGUCAGGACAUGGCUGAUCCUGAAGGUUGUGUUUUCUCGCCUCUGUCAGCCACACCAAGAAGAGCAGCAGUAGAGCUCAGGUCAGCUGUCUGA